AUGCCAAAACAAAGUGUUGUAUCGAAGUUAGGAACAUGGAGAGGAAUUCACAGGUCACUCGUAGUACUGGGCACACUUAGUCUUUUCAUUUUGGUCGCCACUUUCUCCAAAGUCUACUCUUUCAGAUCAUCAAUCCUCGUAGCUAAUACGUUCUGCAAUCAAGAACACACUCAAAGCCAAUCCAUGACCCAAAUCCAAGUGGGAGAAGCACUUGAUAAAGUUAUUAAGAUGAUCCAUAAAGAGAUUCAAGAGUUUGAAAAUACACCAACUACAGAUUCUUUAAUAAAACGACAUACAUUUUUGGCUGAUAUACUGGGUCUUAUCGAGUCAGUCAAAGAAUCUUUGCCUGAGAUUCAACUCAACCCUCCCAUCAAUCAAACCCAUCAUUUGUUGGGAUCCAAGCAACUAUCUGAUAAGCCAGAGAAUCAUUUUUUGAUCGAAGAGAUUCGCAAGUACGUGAAGAUGAAACCCAACAGGCUAGGGAAGCAGAAUUUCAUGGGAGCUAAUGGAACUUUUACAAGCAUUGGUCAUGCUUGUUUCGCCAUGAGAAAGGAUCUGGAAGAGUAUAUGGAUUAUGACAUUGGUGAUAUCUGCAACGAUGACUGGAAACUAGCCCAGAAGCUCAUGGUUCAUGGAUGUGAUCCGCUACCUCGAAGGAGAUGCUUCUCCAGAGCACCGCAGCUAUACGACAAGCCUUUUCCCAUAGAAGAGUCGUUGUGGAAACUCCCAAACAACAGAAAUGUCCGAUGGAGUCAGUACCGAUGCAAGAAUUUCACUUGCCUAGCAGCCAAUUCUACUCGAAAGGGGUUCUUCAAGUGCGCAGAUUGCUUCAAUCUCUCAAAUCACGAGAUGCCCAGAUGGGUUAAACUAGAGAAUCCGAAUGAAGACAGUGCAGAUUUUCUUGCACACCAAGUGCUCGACCUAAAGCCUGGGGAGAUUAGAAUUGGCUUGGAUUUCAGCGUUGGGACUGGAACUUUUGCAGCCAGGAUGAGAGAAUUUAACGUGACUAUAGUUACAGCUACAAUCAAUUUUGGGGCACCCUUCAGUGAGAUGAUAGCUCUUCGGGGACUGGUCCCACUCUACUUAACGAUAAAUCAACGGCUGCCCUUCUUUGACAACACUCUUGAUUUGAUCCAUACCACAAGAUUUCUAGAUGGUUGGAUUGAUUUUGUGCUGCUGGACUUUGUUUUGUAUGAUUGGGACAGAGUGCUUAGGCCCGGUGGUCUCUUGUGGAUUGAUAGCUUCUUUUGUUUGAAGGAUGAUUUGGAUGAUUAUUUGGAGUCGUUUAAGAUGUUAAGAUACAAGAAGCAUAAAUGGGUUGUGGUACCAAAACUUGAUAGAGAUGAUCGAGAGGUUUUCUUUUCUGCUGUACUUGAAAAACCGCCCAGACCAUUUCGGUAAUUGCAUACACAUUCUUUUUAUUAUAUAUUUGUAAGUAUUAUGCAGUAACACGUCGAUACCUUCUUGACUGUUUUAAUAAGAACUAUAACAUGUUCUGUUUGAAGAUAUUAAUAAUAGGAUCAUUUGUGAACACGAAA